AUGGCGUACCGCACUCCUGACUCGGCCUCGAUCGAGAAGAAGGAUGACUCCCGUCUUGAGGAUGGUGUCCUGAUGGCACCCGUCCUCACCGCCGGAACCACCAACGCUGAUGCCGUCGCCUCCACCAUCGAUGACCCCAAAGAGACCGCUCGUCUUAUUCGGAAGCUCGACUGGCACGUUUUGCCUAUCUGCUCCGUUCUAUACCUGUUUUCUUUCCUCGACCGUACUGCAAUUGGUAACGCACGCGUUCUCGGCAUGCAGAAGGACCUAAACCUCACCGACAAUGGCUACGCUGCGGCCUUGUCCGUCUUUUUCGGGCUCUACUGUCUCUUGGAAGUACCAUCGAACCUCAUCCUCAAGAAGAUGGGAGCCAAGAAAUGGAUCCCCAUCAUCGUCGUCACCUGGGGUCUGGUCAUGCUCUUCACCGGCUUCUCGAACAACUUUGCCGCUCUCUUCGCCUGGCGUCUCCUUCUCGGCGCUGCUGAGGCAGGUCUCUUCCCCGGUAUCACCUACUACCUCACGAUUCUUUACCCGCGCAGGUCGAUCCAGCUUCGAGUUGGUCUCUUCUUCUCGGCUGCUACCAUCGCUGGUGCUUUCGGUGGUCUGCUCGCUUUCGGUCUUGCCAAGGUGCACGCUGGCAAAUACAACGGCUGGAGUUGGAUCUUCUUUGUAGAAGGCGCCCUGACCAUCCUCGUUGGUGUCAUCGCUUACUUUGUGCUCUUCGACGGUCUCGAGAAGGCGCCCUUCCUGACCGAGAGCGAGAAGAUCUACAUGAGCGACCGAGUGCACUUCGACGGCAACGACAUUCCCAUGAACGACGAGUUCGCCUGGAAGUUUGUCUGGGCUGGUCUGAAGGACUGGAAGACGCUCUUCACUCUCAUCUGCUACGUCACCACCAUCACUCCGCUCUACAGUACCGCACUCACUCUGCCUACCAUCCUCAAGACGUCGCUCAAGUACAACUCGGUCGACGCCAACCUCUACACGGUGCCCGUGUACACGGUUGCUGCUGCCACUGUGGUCGUCUUUGCCUACUUUGCCGACCGCACGGGUAUCCGAUUCCCCUUCAUCUGCCUGGGCACUUUGAUCUCUGGUAUUGGCUGGGGACUCUCGCUCGCCUACGGCAGGUCGAACCCCAAGAUCGCCUACGGAGCUCAGUUCAUCUCUGCUGCUGGUUCGUAUGCCGCGUUCCCCGGUGUGGUGGCCUCGCUCACGCAAACUAUCGGCGGUAAGACCAAGCGCUCGGUGUGCAUCGCCAUCAUCGUCGGCUUCGGUGGUCUGGCGGGUACCAUCUCGAGCAACAUCUUCCCCAAGAAGCAGGCACCCUACUUCCACCGCGCGCACUACAUCAACAUUGGCAUGAACGCCGUCGCCUUCUGCUCGGCCUUGUCGUUCGCCGGUCUGCUGUACCUCGCCAACAAGCGCAAGCAGGCCAAGAUCGACUCUGGUGAGGCUGGCCGUCUUACCAAGGAGCAGAUCGCCGACAUGGGUGACGAGUCGCCUUACUUCAAGUACCGCUACUGA